AAGAUGAUCGCGGCCAAACGUCUCACGGGUGCCCAAAUGACGUCGUCGUGCCUCCUCAUCCUGCUCCUGAUGAGCGCCGUUGCCUCCGUAUCGGCGCAGUUUAACGGAUACAACUGUGACGCCAACCAUCACAGCAGGUUUCCUGGUGAAAGAGACAUCAGCGUGUACUGCGGCGUGCAAACCAUCACGGUAAAGAUCAACUUCUGCCCGGUAUUGUUCUCUGGCUACACCGACACGGACCUGGCCCUCAACAAUCACCAUGGCGAUGCCCAGUGCCGCGGCUUCAUCAACAACAACACCUUCCCCACGGUCGUGCUGUUCAGCAUCGGCCUCAGCACCUUGGAAGCGUGCGGAAACAGCCUGGAGGUCAGUACAGCCUUCGGGCCAAAUGCCUAUGGAAACGUGUCGCUUGUACAAAUCGGGAAUGUCUCCGGCUUUAUCGACACACCUGACCCGCCGACUAUUAUCAGCUACCUCCCUGGUCUGUUGUACAAAUUCAGCUGCAGCUACCCAUUGGAGUAUCUGGUCAAUAACUCACAGCUGGCAUCCUCGUCGGCAGCCAUUUCUGUUAAGGACAGCAACGGCACGUUUGUGAGCACGCUGAGUCUCAUGCUGUACAAUGAUUCAACAUACAACCAAAUGCUCUCCAUCCCCAUGGCCGGACUGGCUUUGAAAACCAGAGUGUUUGCUGCAGUCAAGGCCACAAACCUGGACAAACGUUGGAACAUCUUGAUGGACUACUGUUACACAACCCCCUCAGGGAAUCCUAAUGAUGAACUCCGCUACGACCUUUUCCUGGGCUGCUACAAAGACCCCCAGACCACCGUUUUCGAGAACGGGAAGAGUCAAAUGGGACGCUUUUCCUUUGAGGUCUUCCGCUUUGUGAAGCACCGGCACCAGAAGAUGUCCACAGUGUUCCUGCAUUGCGUCACCAAGCUGUGCAAGAGCGACGAUUGCAUCAUGCUCAUGCCGAUCUGCGGGCGAAGACGAAGGCGGGACGAAGGGGCUGGCCUCGUUUCGCCUCCGGCCGCUAGUGGGAAUGCGGUCAUUAGCGCUGGACCAAUCAUCACCAGGAGUGAUGAUGUUCCCAUCAACAACACUCAGCUUGCAGGCGACCCCCCCAAACUGUUAAAUCCGAUGACCACCGCGCUAAUCUCAGGCGUGGUGGUCCUGGGCGGGAUGAGCGUGGGCUUCGUGCUGCUGUCACUGCACCUCCUUCAGAAAUCACGUCUUCCCUCGUCAUCCUCGGCAGCUGCAGCCUCAGGAGCUUGGAACCCUACUUUUAAAUGA